UUGGAACCAUGGCCAGCCGAGCUGUCUUCGUGUCUACUAGACGCUAUCUGUCGUCUACUUCCACAAAAGAUCGCGUUGGAACCUUCGUUCAGCGAUCGAAACCUACCAACGAGCCGAACGCUGUACCGAAAGCGCCCUUGGCCGGCGAAACCACUGCAUUACCCGAAGAAGAAGCCGCGAUCCCUCAUGAGACACAGGUGAAAAACGGCGCGCUUGCUGUUUCUCUCUUGGCAUUUUGUGUUGGUGUGGCCUGGUAUUCUAUGAAUGCUGUUGGGCAAGCCGGAGGGGAUAAGGACGACCCGCUCGCGGCGCUGAAAGAAGAAGCUGCUGUUGCGCAGGUAAAACAAGAUCGCGAAGCUCAGACGUCAGAUGAAGCCACUUCGAUGCUGGAAAGUUUCCAAUCCGGAGAGUUCGAUCCUGACAAGUACGAAGAACUGGAAGCUGAACAAGAAGCAGCGAACCGUAAGAGUCCUUGGUAUAAAUUCUGGUAAUUAGAAAUAAAAUAGCUUGUAUUUCUAUU